AUGACGAACACUCGUAAAUCAACCCGUUCCAAGGCCGCGGCUGCAUCGGCUUCAAACCCUGAGCCCCAGCCCGAGCACUCGAGCUCGAAUGAGUCGACCCCCACUACCACUGCCGUCGAUAGUACUCACCAGGCCACCGAGACCGCACAUGCGAAGGACGACCAGAAACUGGAGGCAAACGACUCGGAUCUGCUCCAGACCUCCGAAUCCUUGCCGACGGAGCAGUUAUCCGAGGCUGCGACGACCCCGAUCAACAAUGAGGUCGAGGAGGAGGAACCCAUGAAGUCGACCGACCACCAUCAGAACGAGCACAAGGAGUCCGAAGCUGAGGCUAAGGGCUUGAGGGGGGACUGGCUCAAGCAAGCCAAUGCUGCGACCAUGCAGACCGAAUCCGGUGCCCAUGCCGAGACUACCGGUACUGCAUCUGAGCCUGGUCCUGUUCCUGCUGGCGGUGGCAUUGAGGAAGCUCAGCCGAUUCAUGAGAUUACGGCUACUGCAGUUGACCCAAUUGCCGCAGGUCCAAUUCCGAUUGCCAAUGACAAGACUCCUCAGGCAGAGAUGCUCGAGACGAACAAGCAUGCGAAGCGAGCUGUCGAACAGGACUCGAAUACGGUUGCGGAGGAGGAGCAGGAUUAUCUCGGGGGAGCGUACAAGUCCCCCUUCCGACAUACACACAAGGCUGAGAAGGCUGGCAAGGAGGAACGCUAA